UAGUUGUAGUAUCAUUCCUUAGCUCAACAGUAUAUUCUCUUUGGCACUGAUAAUUUAUACAUAAAAAUUCGAUGACUCAUGCAAGGAAUAUGAACGAAACGAAUUAUUUAACAUAUAAUUAAGAUUAAUUGUGCUCACCACACACACACAACACAACAAUGAACAGCUCUUACAAUGCAAGAUGGUGUUUUUUUUCCUCUGAAGGAAUAGGAUUCCUCUUAUUAGUCUUACCAUUUAAUUAUGUAUAAUAAAUUAUAGACCAAUUAGCUAUAAAAAAAUGAAAAAGGAAAAGAAAAAGUCAAGAAGAACAACAUAUAAAAUUAAGCAUUUACUAUGGUUUGCUACUCAGGCGAGCACUCAUCAUCAUUCAUGGCUUCCGGCAAAGACAAAAAACAAAGCCAGCAGCCGGAGUUAGCGGCUGAUAUUCUUAUCCCAUCCCUUACAAACGACGUCGCUUUAAACUGCCUCGCACGAGUACCAAGAUGGCAUCACAUCAUUCUUUCCCAGGUCUCUAGACCCAUCAGGUCCCUUCUUUUCUCCCAUCAAUUCUACACCGCACGAUCAAUUCUCAACUGCACCCAUGAUCUUCUUUACAUAAGGGUCGGAUCCUACUCUGCCUGGCCCGCCACAUGGUUCUAUAUCCAGCAGAAACCCGACCCCAGUUUAACCCGGAAUGGUGCUCUUAUCCGAGUCCCGCAACAACCUCUUCAUAUAGAAUCUUCCGCCUACGCUGCCGUAGGCUACAAGAUCUACGUCCUCGGCGGCUUCGUCGACGGAGAAUUCUCCUCCCACGUGUGGAUUCUCGACUGUAGGUUCCACACGUGGGAGCGCGGGCCGAACAUGAAAAUGGCUAGGUGUGGCGCCUCGGCUGCGGUUUUGGGCGGUAAAAUAUACGUGGCGGGAGGAGGUGGUGGGCCAAGCUCAUCACACGGAGGUACCCAUUGGGUUGAAUCGUUCGACCCAGAUAUCGGAGUCUGGGAAGCCGUUCCUUGUCCUGAUGGGGUUCGAAACAAGUGGGUCUCGGACUGCGCCAUUGUGGGUGGCGGGGUUUGCAUUUGGGUGGGCCAAACCGGGUUCAAAUUUGACCCGAAAACGAAUGUUUGGGAAGCCUUUGAGAAUGAGCUGCAGUCGGGUUGGAAUGGACAGAAUUGUGUGGUGAAUGGUGUUUUGUAUUGCUAUGACAGUUGUGGGAGGUUCAAAGGGUUCGAUGAAGUGAAUGGGAGGUGGAAAGAGGUUAAUGGGGUUGUUAAAGAUUUGCCUGCGUACAUGAGUGGAGCUAGGAUGGUGAGCUUGGAAGGAAAGUUGGUUGUGGUUUGGGGUGAGAGUGAUUUAAAUGGGGUUUUUGAGCAUUUUCAAAAGAAGAGAAUGGAGUUACAGUGGGCUGAAAUUGAAGUGAAGAAAGAUGGGAAUGGUGAUUUUUGGGGAAAAGUUUAUUGGUGGGGAAAUAUUGAAAUUCCGGAUUGGAUUUUAGGGAGAUGUCCCUUGUUCUACCAUUGCCUUUCUGUAUCAAUUUGAUUUGAUGAGGCAGCCAUCGUUUACCUGAACAGCUUCGACUUAUACAAAUUUUUGGGUUGUUUUGUUUAUUAAAUUUCAGUGGUUAACUUAUUUCUACUGGAUGUGUAUGAUCACUGAGUCUGAUGUGAUUUUAUGAAUUAUAUAUACGGUGUAAGAAUAGAGAUGAAAAUAUAAACAGAUUAAAGCAAUAAAGGAGUAACAUUCAAGAUGUUGAAA